CAACCAUCUGCCAGUUUUCCCACGGUAUGACUUGGGGUGAUACUAUAAGACAGGUAGACCCCUUCGGAUCAAAGAUCCAUCAAAAGAGAGUAGAGCUUAUGCUGUGCCAUUUUAGACUCUCUAUUGUUCUCACUGCUUUUUGUUUUAUCCAUAUUUCUGAGACUUGUUAGCUUUAGCCAUGGAGGAUGAGGAUUUUGAGGAAGAGGAGGUCUGGGGUACUGUGAGGGAGAGGAGAGAUAAGAGCCCAAAGACUAGGAGGACUAGGGAUUCCACUGGUUCUUCUACCACUAGGCGUCUCCCAACUCCCUCCAAAAUGAUCCCAAGGUCCAAUGCCAAUGCAGAGAGCAGUGCCAGUGGUAGAACAUUUAGACAGUCUGCUCCUGUUGCCAUCCCUGACUGGUCUGAGAUCUACAGGCACAAGGGCUCUUCUGAGAGCCAUAGUUACAGAUUCGAUGGCGAUAAAGAUGGCCAAUAUUGUAGACCAGAUCAUGCUUCCAACGACGAGGACUAUGAAGAAGAAGAUGAUGAUGAUGAUAAGGUCCCCCCGCAUGAAUGGCUGGCGAAGAAGAUGGCCAGGAGCCAGAUCUCAUCCUCCUCCAUGUGUGAAGGGGCUGGGAGGACCCUCAAGGGAAGAGACCUCAGCAAGAUGAGAAAUGCUGUGCUCACAAGGACUGGGUUCUUGGAAUGAGGUGAAGCAGGAGGAGUACUUAUUAAGUAGCUUUUUGUUUACUCUUUAGUAAUCAGUGUGGAAUGUUGGGUGUUGCUCGAU